AUGUUUGACGUUUUCGGCUCCGUGAAGGGGCUUCUCAAGCUCGACUCUGUGUGCAUCGACAACAAUGUGUUCCGUUUGCACUACAAAGCUACUGUGAUCAUCCUGAUCGCGUUUUCGCUGCUUGUAACUUCAAGACAAUACAUCGGAGACCCAAUCGACUGCAUCGUCGAUGAGAUUCCGCUCGCCGUCAUGGACACGUACUGCUGGAUCUACUCAACUUUCACCAUCCCUAACCGACUGGUGGGACGUGUUGGUCAGGACGUGGCGCAGCUGGGGGUGGGCCCACAAGCUGAAGGCGACGAGCUUAAAUACCACAAGUACUACCAAUGGGUGUGUUUUGUGUUGUUCUUCCAAGCGAUUUUAUUUUAUGUGCCGCGAUACCUGUGGAAAACGUGGGAAGGAGGCCGUAUCAAGAUGUUAGUGCUCGAUCUUAACUGCCCUGUGGUUGGCAAGGAGUGUAAGGCCGACCGUAAGAAACUACUCGUAGACUAUUUCGCUACAAACCUGCACACGCAAAACUUCUAUGCGUUCCGCUUCUUUAUUUGCGAAGUUUUAAAUUUCAUCAACGUCGUCGGACAGAUCUUUUUCAUGGAUUUCUUCCUGGACGGCGAGUUCUCCACGUACGGUAGCGACGUGGUAAGCUUUACUGAAAUGGAACCAGAGGACCGAGUGGAUCCGAUGGCUCGAGUGUUCCCUAAAGUAACAAAAUGCACCUUCCACAAGUACGGUCCUUCGGGUACUGUGCAGAAGUUUGACGGCCUAUGCGUGCUGCCACUCAAUAUCGUUAACGAAAAGAUCUACGUAUUCCUGUGGUUCUGGUUCAUGAUUCUGGCUAUCCUGAGUGGAAUCUCACUGAUCUACCGCAUGGCUGUGGUGGCAGGACCACGCGUGCGCCUCUACCUGUUGCGCGCGCGCAGCCGUCUGGCCCCACAAGAGCAGGUGGAGUCUGUCGCCAGCAAUUUACAGAUCGGCGAUUGGUUCGUGCUUUACCAGCUCGGGAAGAACAUCGAUCCUCUGAUCUACAAGGAGUUGAUGGUCGAGCUGGCCGAUAAGUUCCAAGAAAAGAACAAUGUGUAG